UGAGAAUGAGCGCUUGCGCAUGCGCAUUUCUCUGCGUGCGCUCUGCUGCAGUGACAAAGUAUAUCAGCGUUUAGCUUUUAGCCACCGGGCCUCGUACUGCAGCACCGUUCAGGCCAAAUCCAGCCCACAUGUCACCAGAUACCAACAAAGCCGGCAACUGGAUCUCAAUAAAUACUGAAAGGAGGUGGAAAGCCAGUAAAACAGGUGGUUGCCAACAGCCAGUGGGGCAGACAUGGGUGAUUCUGAGAAUGUGAAAGCAGAGGAGCUGCUUGUUUCAUCAGAAGAGCAGCAACAAUAUAUAAUUCUGCACUGCCCCACUGAUAGUCAUCAGCAUUCUCUGACUGGGGAAUCUCCCCCUCAACAUGACUCAUUGAAGGAGAAAGAGAGUGAGGCAGAGGGCGGGACUGAUGAAAUGAUGGAGCAGUCUGAGGAGGACCAAAACAUCUUGCCAGCACAGACGACUGAUGGGCCAACCAUGGAGCCAGUGCCCUUGCAAACCACUGGCAUAACAAAUCAAAAUAUACCCUGUAAGACAGAACUCUUGGAAACGUUCAAGUUCAAACAGGACAGUAAAUCUGAUAUUCCCUCGUGUAAAGCAAAUGCUGACCUGGACCCAGAAUAUGACCUUAAGAUCAGACCUGAUGGCCACCACCAGGGUUCAUGCAUGUUCUUCUGUCAGCACUGUCAAAGACGGUUUAAUACCAAGCAAAGCCUUGAACGGCACAUGCAUGCCUUGUCAUCCUGCAACACACAGAUAUUUAAAUGCCGCUACUGCCGAAAGUGCUUCGGUACACAGUUCCUUCGACGACGGCAUGAGAAAAGACAUAACACUCAUAGAAGGGCAGGCGGGCUCAUAAUUAGCCCUGCUCCACAGGUUAUUGGAGAGACUCAGGGAAUGGUCUCUUCACAAGAGGAAGAUCAGCUUGCCCUAAUUUCCCAGCCAGUCAGCAACUCUCCAGUGCCUGAUUUGGAGGGAAGGGGUAAUGCAGAUGAAUUUGGAAAGACUAAGUGCUCUUUUGCCUGCAAGUACUGCAAGAAAGCAUUUGGAAGUCAGACCAGCUUGCGAAGACAUGAGCGCAGGAUACACGAGCGUCGUCUGUUACCCAGAGGUGUCCGUCAGAAGGUUGUAAACAUAAAUGGGGUUCAGGUUCAGCAUUCCAUUGGUGCCCCAGAAACCUCUUCCAAUACACAACACCAUGAUGAGGUCAGGCAAGAAGAGGAGUACAUGGUGGACAUUUCCAGCAACAUCUCUGAGAACCUCAGCUUCUACAUUGAUGGGAAAAUAAUCUCCACCAGUGCUGUCAGUAAUUGCGAAGUGAUGGAGCUGAAUUCUGCUGCUGCUGUGAUUGGUCUGGAUGCCUUUAUUGUCAACCCGUCUCAAAUUACACAGACCCUGAAAAUAGAGUCUAAUGACGGAAACAUGACCUCUGACCUCGGUGGUCAGUCCUCUGGCAGACGGAGGACAUCUACCCCACCUUUACUGCCACAAAUCAAAACUGAACUGGAGUCGGAAUCUAUCUUAACAACACCUUCCUCUGCCUCAGAAGGUACAUUGAUUAGCUCUGUUUUCCCCCACACUUUAGAGACAAUUGUUUUACAAAAAGAAAAAACUAUUUAUCUGUCCCCCAAGCUAAAGCAGCUCCUACAGAACCAGGAUGGCAGUAAAUCAUCAUUUUCUCAGAUCACUGAAGGACAAAAUCUUUGCCCACCUUUAUCAUUAACACUUUUACCAGCAGCAAGUAGCAGGUUUAAGAGAAGGACAACAUCUCCUCCUAAUGCUAUACAGCAAAGCAGUGCAUCAAUUGCGAAAUGUACCAUUGAACAGGAAACUGAUUCUUCUGCACCUAAAGUGCAAAAGUUAGACAGUCACUGCACAUCUGCUGUGAUGAGCUUAUCUAAAAAAGAAGAAAUGGAAACUGUCAAUUCAACUACAUACAGUACUGAAACCAUUCAGGAAGUUUUGCCAUUGGACUGCUCUGCAUCAGGAACUGGUGGCAGGUCAUGCAAUCAGCAGCCUCUAGAUCUUUCUAGUGCUGUGGGGAAGAGAGACAGUGAUGUCUUAGCUGAUUGUGUUCUGGAUCUGAGCAUGAGCAGAAAGAGUACAGAGUCUGACCCAAAUGGAUGUUUAGCCUUCCAGACAUCAGUUAGAAAGACCAAACCCAACUCAAGCAUGUUGGAGAAAGUACUGCUAAGCCAGUAUGAUGUAUUGGAUGUUCCGACACAAGCAGCUGAAGUUCCUUUACCAACAGUCGCUCUGUCUGAGCCAGUUCCUGCUAACCCUGAAAGUGGUAGCCUUGAGCUGCCUCCACCCUCUCCUCCUGCACUGAAUGCAACCCCAUCUCUGCCAAAUGAUGCUGCACUGCACACUGCCUCUCUAGCCCAGCCCCUUUCAGCUUCUCCUGAGUCCACAGAGAUAUUCAUACCAGCUGCGCAAACAUCCUUAACCAAUCAAGAUCUUCACCCUAUCUGCUCCACUGCUCAGUCCUGCAGUCCCGUAGCACUCAACACUCCUGUGGAGCUUUCUGUUGGAAAUCCUUUGGCAGCUUUUAAUGUGUCUCUUCCCAAUUGGCUUAAUUCUGCCCCUGGAAGUGUGACCCAUGCACUCAUCCCCACAACCCCAACUCUAAGUUUACAAGGUUCUCAGUUUCUUACCGAUGCACAACUAGCACAAAGGACCUUGGUGAUUGAUUCUGUCUUGUCACCUGAAGCACAUCUAAUUUCUCCUGUGUUGGUAAACCAGUCAAACAUCAGUUCCCUGAGCUUUUCUCCAAAUGUGGUUGUUAUUGAGUACACUGUUGCACUGGAGUCCUCUAAUGCCACCCCUGUACCCCAAACUAAUGCUGUUCACUCUCUUUUUGAUAAAACACCACCAGAUCACACAGAGGCACAAGAGCUCCAGCCUUCCUCUCAACUACAGACUGCCAACAUCGAACCAUCAGUUCCAGAACUGCCAGAGGCUGGCACUGUUGAGGCUCAAGAUCACGGAUUGGACUCAUCCUCUACUGGAGAAUCAUUAGAGCAUUCAGUAGGUGCAGUACUGUCAUCAACUGUUCCCAGUGUUUCAGAAAAAGCAGAGACAACAGUGGAGGCCACAGAAAAUUCAUCUUUAACGGAUAAUCUCAAAGUGGAAACCUCAGACAUUUCCAUACAGCCCAAACCUAUGAGUGAGGAGCAAUCAUCCUUGUCUCCUCUUUGCAAGCGUUUUAUGUGUAAUGCCUGUAAUGAGCUCUUCCAGUCCAUGAAGAGUCUGGCUCAGCAUAUUGGUGAACACUCAGACACGUGGCCAUAUAAGUGUGAAUUUUGUGUGCAGCUGUUUGAGAGUGAUACUGGUUUAUUUCAGCACCGAUCCAGUUAUCAUGGCAUUGGUAAAAUCUAUGUCUGCAGAAUAUGCUCCAAAGAAUUUGCCUUUCUUUGCAACCUAGAGCAACAUCAUCAAGAUCUUCAUCCUGGUCAGGAAUGCUCACACACUGAAGUAGAAAAUGGUAAGUUAAGACCUGAAAACCAUAACAGUCCAUUAAGAGCUGGUACUGUUACCACAGAGUGUCCCACAAAAGACGAAUAUGGCAAGUCAUGCCAAACAGCUCCAAAACCAGAAGCAGACAAUAAAUGUGAAAACACUACUGAGGAGUUAUACACAACUAUUAAGAUUAUGGCAUCUGAAGGUGUCAAACCCAAAGUUACAGAUGUGCGGCUUGGUAUUAACCAGCAUUACCCUAGUUUUAAGCCACCUCCGUUUCCAUAUCACAACCGAACACCAGUCAGCCCAACCACCACCACAGCCACUAACUUCACCACUCAUAAUAUCCCGCAGACAUUCAGUACUACAGUUCACUGCACCAAGUGUGGCAGAGGCUUUGACAACAUGCCUGAACUGCACAAGCACAUCUUAGCAUGUGCUAAUGCUAGUGACAAAAAACGCUACACUCCAAAAAAGAACCCUAUUCCACUAAAGCAGUUUGCAAAAGUGCAAAAUGGAGUUCUGUUGCCUGCUAGAGGAGUCAACCUUAGACAAAAUGUCUCUCAAAAACUUGGACACCCAAAAAAGCUCCAUUGCCAUGAGUCAGAAGCUAAGACAAAGCUGAGCACUCAUAGUAAGAGGAAAUCUAUGUGGGUACAGAGAGGCAGGCCAGUAGGGCGAAAGAGUUCACAGGAUGAGCUGGAGGUUUAUGUUUGUCCUCACUGUAGCAGAGAGUUCACUUACCAUGCCAGCUUAAAGAAGCAUAUGGCUUUCAGCUGCCCGAUGAAACCUAUUUGCAGGAAACCUCCAAAAAGAAAAAGUAGCAUUGCGCCAACACAAGAAAACCAUGGACGUAUCCGUACACGUGUAUCAGAUGUAAUAAUAAAACCACAAAGGUUAAAUCAAGGACAGAAAUCCUUGGCAAAAACACAUACCAAUGGAUCUGGUUCAGCCAGCAAUGUAAAUCUACCAGUCAGGACUCAAAUUGGUAAAGGGAAAAUUACUGUGCGUAAUUUUAGGCCUAAAACAUCUGAUAUACUUUCAAGCUCAGCAGUUCACAUUAGUAAAAAAAGUAGACUCAUUCUUAUGGAAGCAAUUCAGUCACCAUUGGCAACUAAAUCUUUAGUAACUCUAGGGAAAUCUCAGCACCAGUGCAAUGAGGUAAAUGGUAUAGAGAGGAAAAUAAAGCAGUUGAAGCCCAGCACAGAGGAACAGUUCUCUCUGCGAGUGAAAGGUCCCAUUACUCGCAGUGUACAGCAGUCUACGUCCAAUAUUGUAUCUAAUACUAACAAAAAGGCUAACUCGGUUAAUCCAGCCAAAUGCUCAGUCCAGACAGACGAUCAGGAUGUCUCUACACAUCAAGCAGUUGCAGAAUCAAAGAAAUAAAUUCAAAAGACUUAAAGAAAAAAUAAAUACUAAAUGACCAAUCAAUUAAUAAUGAAAAUUAUCUUGACCUAUGGCAAGGUUAUCUGUAAAUACUGUAUUAUCCACUGAAGGUUAUAUGUUUAUAAUACAAAAUUUUAACACCCUGAAUGAGUGAUUGUGAACUAGAUUUCUUAACUGUGUUCAAAACUGCAGUGUCCUUUUAACAUGGGCACUAGUUUAUAGUGGACUAAGUACAACUUCUGUGGCAUACAUACAUGCUUAAAUAUCAGCUCAAAUGAUUUUAAACCUGUUUUCAUAUUCUUAGUCCUAAAAUACCCAGCACUGCACAUUCUACAGUUUUCCUGUCUUAUUAGAAUGUAUGUAUGGCGAGAGGAGGAAAAAAAUUAAUUAAAAAAAAAAAAGAAACUGGGCUACAAUUAGGACACACUUUUGUAUAUUGACACAUAUCUUGAUAUAUCAAAACAUCCUAGCAAAUUGGGUAUAUAAGUAUACUAAUAUUAUAAUGAAAUUUACAUAACUACUUGCAUAGUACUUAUGCCAAAUAGGUACUUUAUAGAAUUUAAUUCAUUAUCAAACUUGUGCCACUAAGGCGGGUUGAAAAUGUGUGUGCACUAAUAACGAGGGCCUCCGAUAAUUUUUCGUUUAGAACAUUACAUUAUAGAACAUUAUACAUUGUAAAUAUGUAAUGUUCAUCUGUCAUUUUCAAUGUCUAUUAAUCCUAAUAUCCCUUAUCUAAAUGCACUUAUUUUGUACAGGUUAUCCAUUUCAGCUUUCAAUGUGUUUCCAUAUCUAAACCAAUAAUAUGAUCAGUGCAGCAGCUACAGUCUGGGCUAUUACUCACUCAUUAUUCAUGUACUACAUUAAAUAAAACUGUCAUUUUUUUAGUUUCUAUACGCACUUUAUCAUAAUCGUUUGUGUAAAACUGCAAUAAUUGGCUAUUGGAAGACCUUAGUGAAUUACUGAAAAAUUAAUGUCAGUUCAAACAAGAAUACAUAUACACCUCAUUUUGCAGAGUAUAUUAAUUUUGUUAUUUAUUACUGCACCAUACAUAUGAUGUUUAUUUUCAUACAUGUUAAUAUGAUGACUGGUAGAUUUGAUUUGCUGCCCAUUUAAAGGCACACUACCUUAUGGGCUAGCUUGCAUGGUAUAGUAUUCAUCAAAAUAUAAGCGUAAGUAAAAUAUGGUCAACAUGUCACUUUCACAAUGUGUUUUAUCCCUGUAAAUGGGCCAACAACUGCGAAAGGAAACAUGCAGUUUUUUCUGAUACUAUUAAGCACAUACGAUGAGCCCUGUGUAGCAUUUGUUGUGUUAAUUAUAUUGGUGUCCUUGUAUGUGUGUUUUAAAAAACAAUUGUUCUGUGAUUUGCACAAUCCAUGUUUAUAAGUAUAUAAUGUAUUGAUUUUUUGGGAAAAGUACCAUCAAUACAAUUUGGGGGGAAACCUAUAGAAAGCCUUAAAGGUUUUUGGUGAGAAUGUAGCUUUGCUGAGGCAAGCUGCUUUAAUGAUAAAUUAUAUAUUGCUCUGGCACUGAUGGAUUGGUGUUAGAUUAGGACUUGUCUAAAUAUCUUUUUUGUUGUUGUUAAAUUAUAAUAGAUAAAAUAAACGGGAAUAAGGGUUCAUGGGUAGAAGUUUACAUUAUGGCCCAUUACAUAAAAAUGGCCUUUUGAUUAGCUGACAAAAUGAGUUACUUUUUGUACAUAAUCAAACGUUAGUAAAAAGUACAUAAGCAUGGCCGUAUAGUCUCAAACUUAAACGAUAGUAUUAAUCAGAUUGUGGUCUGAGACAAUCCUUAAAUUGCAAUUGAAAUAACCCGCUUCAUUGCACAAAUACUAGGUUUUAAUUUAAAACUCAUUUUUGCACCUUGUAAAUCAGCACCUAACAUGAAGCUGAAAUAUCUGCUCUCAUACUACAAAACUACAAUCAUGACAUAUACUUAACCUGAUGGAGAAGCUGUGAAUAAAGGGAUCUGGAAAUCCUAAUAUACUUGUCAUAUGUCUGUGGAAAACUGAUGUUAACAUCCAAAGCAUGUCUGUUUGAACCACAGUGCUUUUGAAAUGCUGUUAUGUAUAUUGAAAUAAACUGCUGUGUGAUAAAUGCACAGGGAGACCAGA